AUGGACCCCGUCAUCAUAACGCCGGGUGACGUAGUUGAGGCGGUCCGUAGGGCCCCGAACUGGAAAAGUCCGGGGCUCGACGGGCUGCAUCACUACUGGCUGAAGGGGUUCGUGGUGUGUCACGCUGUCCUCGCCCGACAGUUUCAAGAGGAUCUCGACCAGAAGUCGCUCCCGAGCCUCUUCACUACUGGGAUCACUCAUUUGGUUCCUAAAGAUCAGGAAACCACAGACCCGAGCAAAUACCGCCCCAUCACGUGUUUACCCACGAUAUACAAGACACUAACAUCCAUUUUGAGCGCGAGAAUCAGUCGUCACCUGAACUUAAAUCAGGUGAUGUCGCGCGCUCAGAAUGGAUGUAAGGGCGGUGGUCGUGGAACCAAGAAACUACUCCUCAUUGACGCGGUCAUUGGCAAGGUGGUUAAACGCAACCGUCGGAACCUCUCCGCCGCCUGGAUAGACUACAAAAAGGCAUUCGACUAG